ACGACUGAGUCAGUUAAAACGCUUCCUUGUGUGAAUGUUGUGCCUGAAAAUCACUGCGGUGGUGUUAGUGUUUCUGAUCCAAUCAGACAUGGAACGUCAGCUCUCUGUAAAUCAGAGUAAAUGGUCACAAUUAGCUAACGUGGAAAUACAAAACGAAACAAUGCUACGUUUUCAACACUCUGUACCUACGAAUCUGAUUAUAUAUCAAGGCUUUUGUUAAGUGAAAAGCGAAGGCGGUGCAAAUAAGAAUCAUUGUUGAGUUGAAAAUGCGGUAAACUGUGAAAAAAACGUGUUGUGAGAGAAGGAAGAUUGGUUUGUCUACAAGGGGGAAAAGUAAAUGUUUCCUGCAGAAUUUGACAGUUUUGCAGGACACUUGUUAAAUCAGACUUGAGUGAUCUCCCUAUGUACAGGACAUCAGACAAUUAACUCCAAAGCGACAGUACAAAGGAAGAAAUAGAAAAGGCACGUGAACCGAAAAAUAUUCAAUCGAUCGACCAAGCUGAGAAAAUAUGUUGGAGAUGUUUCGUUCUGCGCCUCGACCUUUUUUUUGGCGUUUUAUUUCUUGACUUUUACAAAUAACUUCUGGAUACACAGAGUGCGCUCUACCUCUUUCUUAAAACGUUAACUUACAGUACAGACGGUGAAUACGUAAAAUCGCGGAACCAAUGGGACGGAUGUGAAUUCUGGGAACAAACAGGGAAAACAUUAGAAAAUUGACAGAGGGUGACCCACUGAAAUGCCACUGACAACCAAUGAACUGUCAGCCUCCAAAUGGAGGGGUUCCUACUCUGCCAGAUGAAUGCAGUAACUACGAUGCUUGCUGAAGGCAUUCUUGCAACCCUUCCUGCCUACCCUUGGGACGAAUGGUUUACUCAGCUUAACUGCCCCCUGUUCAGGCAGGGGCCUCCAGUGGUAUGUUAAAUUCCAACAGUGAUGGCUAUUUGAACAUUACUCCAUAUUCCAGGAUGCGUCUUGCACUUGUCGAAGGUUUAUCAGAGAACAGUUCGUUACUGGUUGGCAUCUCCAUGGAGAACAACACUGUCUCCCCUUACUUGCAGGAGAGCUUUGAGAACCUCAGCGCACCCUUGCAGGUAUUCCUUUCCACCGUGAUUAUUUUUAUCCUGCUGGUGUCUUUUCUGGGGAAUUUAGUGGUCUGUUUGAUGGUCUACAAGCGGGCUGCCAUGCGCUCCGCCAUCAACAUUCUCUUAGCUAGCCUGGCCUUCGCAGACAUGAUGCUGGCCGUGUUGAACAUGCCUUUUGCUCUGGUCAGUGUCAUCACCACCCACUGGAUCUUCGGGGAUGUUUUCUGCAAGGUGUCCGCUAUGUUCUUCUGGCUCUUCGUUAUUGAAGGAGUGGCUAUCUUGCUUAUCAUCAGCAUUGACCGAUUCCUCAUCAUCGUUCAGAAACAGGACAGAUUGAACCCCUAUAAGGCCAAAGUGCUCAUCGGUAUCUCUUGGGCCUUUUCUUUCUGUUUUUCCUUCCCACUGGCUCUUGGCAAGCCAGACCUGCAGAUCCCCUCCAGGGCCCCCCAGUGUGUGUUUGGCUAUACCACAGAGCCAGGCUACCACGCCUAUGUAGUGCUGAUAAUGCUAGUCUUUUUCUUCAUCCCCUUCAUGGUGAUGCUCUACACCUUCUUGGGCAUCCUGAACACAGUGCGUCACAAUGCCAUUCGAAUCCACAGCCACCCGGACAGCAUCUGCCUGAGUCAAGUUAGCAAGUUGGGCCUCAUGAGCUUGCAGAGACCCUUUCAGAUGAACAUAGACAUGAGCUUCAAGACACGUGCCUUUACAACCAUACUCAUUCUGUUUACAGUGUUUACAGUGUGCUGGGCACCCUUCACUAUCUAUAGCCUGAUUUCCACUUUCAACAGUAGCUUCUACUACAAGGCUAACUUCUUUGAAAUAAGCACCUGGCUGCUCUGGUUAUGCUACCUCAAGUCUGCCCUCAACCCAUUGAUCUACUACUGGAGGAUCAAGAAGUUUCGGGAUGCCUGCCUAGACUUAAUGCCCAGGUACUUUAAGUUCCUACCCCAACUGCCCGGCCACACAAAGAGGCGGAUUCGUCCCAGUGCCAUUUAUGUUUGUGGUGAGCACCGAUCUGUGGUAUAGCUCUGAACUGAACUAAAAAAAAUACUAAUUUUAAACUGCCAGUGCAAAUACCACUUACUUGUUUGUGCAAUGUAAAUUGAUGUAAUGGAAACACGGUUAUCUUUUUAUAAACGUCAUACUGAAAGAUGUUUCGAGUGCUAUGUAAUUGGUUUACAUGAUGUGUAAAUACAUAUGACCUCUAGGAUACAAAUUAGUUUUGUUUGCUUUUGUUUUGUUUUUCUUACUUGGUAUUUUUUUCUUGUUGGUGCCUACAGUUUAGUCCAUGACAGACAGUUUGAAUGCUGCUAUAUUUGGUGAAAAAUGUGCAAGUUCAGUGUACUGUACUUUUAUCUUUAAGAAAAUAAAAUGUAGACGUUUGUUACAUUGUUA